GAAGAAGGGUAAGGUUAGGCAGUCAUUUUCAAUCGAUAAAAAGGAAGUCCAAAACCCAAGUCCUUCUCCUUCUCCUUCUCCUUCUCCUUCCACCAUGACUGUAUGAAAGAGAAGUCACCGAUCCCUCGUCUUUCUCACUACAAAAUCAAAACAAUUAAUCCUUCCCAAAUGAAUUUCUUCAAAUCUGUCUUCGCUGAUGACACAACACCACCCGAUUCACCCAUAUCCCAUUCCCCUCCUAACAAUUCCACCUCCGAAGACCCGAACCCGACAACCCAAAACCAGGUCUGGUCUCUUGGUUCAUUAAUCCAGACCUUAGCAACCAAGUCUGAAUCCGUUAUGGAAAUCUACAAAAAGGAUCUUGAAGAAUUCGGAUCCGGCUUAAAAAAAGAAACCGCCAUUAUUCGUGAUGUCGCUUCACGCGCCGUCCAUGAUCUCCCCGCCUCCUUCGAGGCAAGCGCCGCCGUCGCUCAAGAAACCAUCGACGGUAUUGGAUCCACCAUGUGGAAAUCAACGGCCCAGAUCAUUUCUCAAGGUAAAGACUCCAUUUUAGAUGCUGACCAUGAUCAUGAUCAUGAUUUACUCUCAUCUAAUGCUGAUGGUAGUAGAAGUAAUUUGAGUAAACAGCAGUCUUUGGAUGUGAAAUACAGUCGUUUUGAUGCUCAAGUGCAUGCAUUGCAGUCUGAUUUGGAUACUUAUUGUAGCGAACCAGAGGAUAAGGUUGAUUAUGAGAAAUGGAAAUUAGGGGGUCUUGUAAUGGAUGAUAAAAAGGAGGAGAUCGAGCGGUUAAUUACUGAGAACGGGGUGAUUAGGGAUAUUUAUAAUGAGGUUGUGCCGAACAGAGUUGAUGAUGAGAAUUUCUGGAGUAGGUAUUUUUAUAGGAUGCUCAAGUUGAAACAAACCGAGGAGGCGAGGGCUUUGCUUGUUAAACGAGUGAUUUCUGGUGAUGGAGAGGAUUUGAGUUGGGAUUUUGAUGAUGAUAAGGAGGAGGGUGAUGUGUUUUUGUCGAAAGGUGAAUCAAGUAAAGAUGCAAAGGUAGAGAAGGAGAAUGUUGAUGAGGUGAUUAAUGAGAAUGUAGCAGAGAAGGAAAAGGUUUGGGUUGAUAGAAGUGAGGAUAAGUUGGAGGAGAAGGUGGUGGUGGUGGAGGGAAAGGGCAGUACUGCUGAAUUGUGCAAGGAUAAUGAUAAAUUGGAGGAGAAGGCUGUGGUGGUGAAGGGAGAGGGGCAUGAUGGCAUUUCAUGCAAGGAUAGUGAUAAGUUGGAGGAGAAGGUGGUGGAGGGAAAGGGGGGUAAUGGUGGAUCAUGUAAGGAUAGUGAUGUUUCUGCGGUUUCGAGUCAGUUGCUGCCUGAGGAGGAUCUUGAGUGGGAUGAGAUUGAAGAUAUUGGGAGUAAUGAUGAGAGCAAAGGGGAAGCUAUGGGGAGCGGGAAGAGUGCUGGUACAAGUAAAGUUGACUUGCAGAAGCGGUUGAGCGCUGCAGAGGAAGAGGAUGAUUUUAGCUGGGAUAUUGAAGACGAAGAUGAUGUGCAUGUUAAGUGAUUUUUCAUACGUGCUAAUUAUUAUUCCAUUACAGUGCAUUGUGAGAUAUAUGUCUUUGUAUCGUAUCUUCCAUUUAGAUGUUCAAGUGAUUGGAUUCAUGUUCUUGUCACGGUUCCGUGAGUUUUCAUAACUAUAAAUACCAUUCAUGAAAAUGUGUUUCUUU